AGUUUCUUCACGGCACUUAUCAUCGCCUGGAAUUAUCUUGUUUAUUUUCUUCUGAUGCCUCUACUACAUACAGUACACAUUCAAUAAAUACUUACAUGCCGAAAGGGGUGAAUUUUACUGAGUGUAAAUUUAAAAUUAAAAAUUUAUAUGAAAUGCAGAGUCCUGAGUUUCACUCAAGGCCUUCUGAAUAAAAAAAUCUCUGGGGUGGUGUCUCCCUGUAAUAUGUGUGCACUCUAAAGUUUCAGAUCAUUUCUCCAAGUCUGUGAGGGUAACUGGUGCUUUGCAGUCCAGAUGGCCGCAUUCCUCAUGGCAACUUCCUCUUUUGGAUUCCUUGGUGUUAUUUCUGGUCAGCAGACCUCAGUUGGGACCAUUGUAAUCCAUUAAGGGGCAUGCAAUGUCAAAUCUCAAAAUGGGGAAAGUUUUCUCUAGAGGUCAAGAGAUACAAGAGCGGACCUGUCGAGUCUCUGGCAUUGUUUGUCUGCUUACAGCACUAAAGGGGAACACUGGAGUGACUCUUUUAACCAAUACAAUCUUUGUUAAGGCAACUGCUUCCAAGUGUCUGUCCACUGAAGAGUUACUAGCAUCCGCCUUAUCAGGCCCCAGAUUACGCUUUCUUCUCAAUUAAAUUCAAGUGUUUAAGGAUCGCUGAAUUCUAAGUCCAGCGUGACCUCCAUCUCUGUGGAGGAACAAGACAUGGUCUAGUCAUGGUCUACCUUACAAGGUAAUCAACUGUCUUGAAGCUUGAAAAACACUAUGUUCUUCUUUCCACUUUGUUUCCAGUUUUUUGUUUUUGUUUUUAAUAAACGAAACAGUGAGGAGGACAUUGCUGAAUGAAUUUUACAGAUUCCCCUCCCCACCAGUGGGUGUUUUCCAGUCUCAAGUCUUUUGCUUAGUUGUGCUUUCUUCCCCUUCUUCUUGGUUAGCCAAUUAGUUUAGCAGUUUUGUGUGUCUUACCGUCAUUAACACCCUCUAUUCGUUUGAGUUCCAGCGUGGGAGGUACUUUUACAUGUAAAUCUGUCUUCAAAACAAUGUAGCAAGGUAGAUGUCUGGGAAGGGAACACUCCCUGAAGGUUCCAAGGUUCAAAGUUUUUUCGAGAUUUAGUUGCCAUUCUUAUUCAGGGUGUGUAACGAGGGCUGGGCGUCUUGCUCCAAAGCUUGGGCUCAUUUCUGUGCACCUGGCUGCCCUUUGGGGAGGCAAUUUUAAGGGAUGGUAGGAUGUGGAAGCCUGAGGUUAAGAAAUGAGUGAUUGAGUUGCCGGUUCAUCAGUGUUGGAUAAUAUUUCGUGUUUCUGAAAAUCAUUUCCUUUUUCAGAAUGGGAAAGGGUAAAGGAGAGAUGCAGUGAGGGGCUCCAGGGUUGGGCAAGGACUGAGCAAAGACGCAGUCGCUCAGUCAGAGGUGGCGGCGCCAUCAGCCCCAGGAGGAGCGGCGCUCGGAUCGCGCUGCACUCCGGGAGGCUGGAGCCUGAGGCCCAGGAAGGCGCUUGACCACCGGUCGAGGCCCGCGCCGCCUUCGGAGUUGGCGCGUAACAUCCGUACAGCUGAGCCUCCGCAGGCAGGUCGGCUUCAGGUGCAAAACUGAGGGCGCCAAGCAGGAGCACGCCCGUAAGCCGGCGGCGCGCUCCCCCCGCCACAUCCCCUGGUGCGGCUGCUCAGCACACCGAGCAUCUCGGGUGCGGGGGGCUGGCUCGGCCCCGAAAAGCACUCCAACCCGUCUAAUCCGGCCACCGAGGUUGAACGUUUCCCCACCUCCGCGGCCACGGGACCCUCAGGGCCGGCUUGACCCUGAAUCCUAAGAGUCGGCUUUUCUGAUUGGCUGAGAGUACAAACGCAAGCGAGCGCUGACUGAGACCCGCUCUUUGAUUGGGUUUUAAAUGAACAGCAGAGCACGAAAUAAAGAGGCCUUCAGUCAUUGGGCCAUUGUGUGAAUCUCCUUUUGGCUUUCUCUGCCGCCUGAAUAAGCGUCUCAGGAUCUUCGUCAUGAGUCUUAAAUCUGGGCCUGUCAGUUCGCCCCAGCAUUACUCGUCUCUAAGCAGGGCAUGGGGUUUACGGAGUUCAACCAAUCAUAUGACGUCGAGAUCAGGUUGCCAGGCAGAUUAUGCUAAUAAGGCCCCGCCUUUUAUGCUGCUCCCACUCUGCGGCGGGAAGAACCACCUGGAGGUGGCGGGGGGGGUUUGAUUUCCAUCACCCCUAGGGAGAGAGGAUCGGGGACCCGCUGAUCUUCCAGCUCCCCUCACCCAACGUCGUGCACGUUGCAGAGAGGUCUUUCCGUCCUUCAUGAACACGCGCGUGGUGGACAGAUGACUGUCCCCCACCCUGUGCUGUUCUAGGUGCCCUGGACGUGGAGCUGUCCAGUAGGGGGAAGGAUGGAUUCCAAAGAUGACAGCUCACAUGUGUGGUCUACAUCUGCAGAACAUGAAGAGAAUGCUGCACAGGUGCACUUUGUUCCUGACGCUGGAACUGUGGCUCAGAUUGUCUACACCGAUGACCAGGUUCGUCCACCCCAGCAGGUGGUAUACACGGCAGAUGGUGCCUCCUACGCUUCAGUGGACGGUCCUGAGCAUACGCUGGUGUACAUCCAUCCUGUGGAAGCUGCACAGACUCUGUUUACAGACCCAGGGCAGGUAGCUUAUGUCCAGCAGGAUGCUACAGCUCAGCAGGCCUCAUUACCGGUGCAUAACCAGGUGUUACCUUCAAUUGAGGGUGUGGACGGUUCAGACCCUUUGGCAACACUGCAGAACCCUAUGGGUAGACUGGAGGCCAAAGAGGAAGAGGAUGAGGAUGAGGAUGAAGAUACUGAGGAAGAAGAGGAGGAGGAUGGUGAAGACACAGACCUGGAUGACUGGGAACCGGAUCCGCCUCGGCCCUUUGACCCGCAUGACUUAUGGUGUGAAGAGUGUAAUAACGCUCAUUCUUCAGUGUGCCCGAAGCAUGGCCCCUUGCAUCCAAUCCCCAAUCGGCCUGUGCUCACUAGAGCACGAGCGAGCCUCCCCCUGGUCCUCUACAUCGACAGGUUCCUUGGAGGGGUGUUCUCCAAAAGGCGCAUUCCCAAGCGCACCCAGUUUGGCCCUGUGGAGGGACCCCUCGUCAGGGAGUCCGAGCUGAAAGACUGUUACAUUCAUCUGAAGGUUUCUCUUGAGAAAGGGGACAGAAAAGACAGGGAUUUGCAUGAAGACUUGUGGUUUGAAUUGUCUGAUGAGACCCUAUGUAACUGGAUGAUGUUCGUACGUCCAGCCCAGAAUCACCUGGAGCAGAACCUGGUGGCUUACCAAUAUGGUCACCACGUGUAUUACACAACAAUAAAGAAUGUAGAACCCAAACAGGAACUGAAGGUGUGGUAUGCUGCAUCCUAUGCUGAGUUUGUGAACCAGAAAAUUCAUGACAUUUCUGAGGAAGAAAGGAAAGUUCUUCGCGAGCAGGAGAAGAAUUGGCCCUGCUACGAAUGUAACCGCCGAUUUAUAAGCUCGGAGCAGUUGCAGCAGCAUCUCAAUUCCCAUGAUGAAAAACUGGAUGUGUUUAGCAGAACAAGAGGCAGAGGAAGGGGACGAGGCAAGAGGCGAUUUGGCCCAGGUCGACGGCCAGGGCGCCCUCCAAAAUUUAUCCGCUUGGAAAUAACCAGCGAAAAUGGGGAAAAGUGUGAUGACACGACACAGGACUUGCUACAUUUUUCCACGAAGGAGCAGUUUGAUGAGGCUGAGCCAGCGACUCUGAACGGGCUGGAUCAACCAGAGCAGACUGCUCUCCCCAUCCCACAGCUGCCACAGGACACCCAGCCUUCUCUGGAGCAUGAGCCAGAGACUCACAGCCUGCAUCUGCAGCCCCAGCAUGAGGAGAGCGCGCUGCCCGCCCAGAGCACUCUGACGGCCGAUGACAUGCGCAGAGCCAAGCGUAUCCGAUUGGAGCUGCAGAAUGCAGCUCUUCAGCAUCUGUUUAUCCGGAAGUCCUUCCGGCCUUUUAAGUGUUUGCAAUGUGGGAAGGCCUUCCGUGAAAAGGACAAACUGGACCAACAUUUGCGCUUCCACGGGCGGGAGGGGAACUGCCCGCUGACCUGUGAUCUCUGUAACAAGGGCUUCAUCAGCAGUGCGUCCUUGGAGAGCCACAUGAAGCUCCAUUCAGAUCAGAAGACUUAUUCUUGCAUUUUUUGCCCAGAAUCCUUUGACCGCCUUGAUUUGUUGAAGGAUCAUGUGGCCAUUCAUAUCAAUGAUGGCUGCUUCACCUGCCCAACCUGUAAGAAACGAUUCCCAGAUUUUAUCCAGGUGAAAAAACACGUGCGAAGCUUCCACUCAGAAAAGAUCUACCAGUGUACAGAGUGCGACAAGGCCUUCUGUCGUCCUGACAAACUGCGUCUCCACAUGCUCCGACAUUCGGACCGCAAAGAUUUCCUGUGUUCCACAUGUGGAAAGCAAUUCAAGCGAAAAGACAAACUACGGGAACAUAUGCAGAGGAUGCAUAAUCCUGAGAGAGAGGCCAAGAAAGCCGACCGCAUCAGCCGCUCCAAGACGUUCAAGCCUCGUAUCACGUCCACAGACUACGACAGCUUCACGUUCAAGUGCCGCCUGUGUAUGAUGGGCUUCCGGAGACGGGGCAUGCUGGUAAAUCACUUAUCAAAGAGGCACCCAGACAUGAAGAUAGAAGAGGUGCCAGAGUUAACUCUGCCCAUCAUAAAACCCAACCGCGAUUACUUUUGUCAGUAUUGUGAUAAGGUUUAUAAAAGUGCCAGCAAGCGAAAAGCCCAUAUUCUGAAGAACCAUCCAGGGGCUGAGCUCCCACCAAGCAUUCGCAAACUCCGUCCAGCUGGCCCUGGAGAACCAGACCCCAUGCUGAGCACCCACACCCAACUCACUGGCACGAUCGCCACCCCUCCCGUCUGCUGCCCUCACUGCUCCAAACAGUACAGCAGCAAGACCAAGAUGGUACAACACAUUCGAAAGAAGCAUCCAGAGUAUGCCCAGCUCCCUAACACCUUACAUACACCACUGACAACAGCCGUGAUCAGUGCUACCCCAGCUGUGUUAACCACAGACAGUGCCACUGGAGAGACUGUGGUGACAACAGACCUCCUGACCCAAGCCAUGACAGAGCUGUCCCAGACGUUAACAACAGAUUACCGGACGCCGCAAGGGGACUACCAGAGAAUUCAGUAUAUUCCUGUGUCACAGUCUACAUCUGGUCUUCAGCAACCGCAGCAUAUACAGCUGCAGGUGGUGCAAGUAGCUCCGGCCACGUCCCCUCACCAGUCUCAGCAGUCCACUGUGGACGUCGGCCAGCUCCAUGAUCCUCAGACCUAUGCCCAGCAUGCCAUCCAGGUACAGCACAUCCAAGUCACAGAGCCCACUGCCCCUGCUUCAUCGUCAUCCCAGGUAUCUGGGCAGCCCUUGAGCCCUGCCUCCCAGCAGUCCCAGCAAGGGCUCAGUCCCUCCCAUAUACAAGGCAGUUCCUCCACACCUGGCCAGGCUCUCCAGCAGCAGCAGCAGGGCUCCUCUGUACAACACACCUACCUACCCAACGCUUGGAAUUCUUUCCGUGGCUACUCAUCAGAGAUUCAAAUGAUGACGCUUCCCCCAGGUCAGUUUGUGAUUACAGACAGCAGUGUGGCCACUCCUGUCACCACUGGCCAAGUGAAGGCAGUUACGCCGGGUCAUUAUGUGUUAUCAGAAGGUCAACCAGAAUUGGAGGAAAAGCAAUCUUCUGCUCUCUCUGCGGGAGUCCAGGUUCAGCCAGCCACACACGGUGACUUGGACCCCCAGACCACCAGCCAACAGCAGCCCACACAGUACAUCAUUACAGCCACCACCAAUGGGAAUGGGAGCAGUGAAGUGCAUAUCACUAAACCUUAACUUCCACCCUGGAGCUAGAAUCCAGCAGUCACAUCAUGUCUUUUCUCAUUCAGAAGUCUGAAAGCUUCCAACAGUUGGAACUCUUUUUUAAGAUUUAUCAUUCACUCAAGAAUUUGGAAACCACAGUUUUGACACUGUACACACCCCAGGGCUUCUUUUAUCAAGGUCAUCUUUACCAAAAUGACUCUUCAAGCCCUAGGAACUUCUGCCAUGGAAUGGAGACCUUUAAGCGGAAAGUGGAUUUCAAGGUGGAGAGACUUUGCCUUGGUCUUGAGUUGUUUUUUUUAAUACAUUGGUGGGCCUUACUUUUCCUUUGUGGAAAUAUUAAGUGGUGUAUCACGUUUGUACCAAAGGUGGAGAAAGGAUGUGCCAAGUUCAUGGCCACUGGACUUCUUAAUUCCGCGCCGUGGCACCAUAGGAGAGGGGCAUUUCAUUAGGUCAGAACUGCUUCAUCUUCUGAGUUUGCAUUUUCAGUAAUUUAACAAAGGGAGCCUAUUGAAUAUGAAAAUAAAAAUGAUGAAUAGGUUUGACAGUGAUGUUCUGAAGGAAAAAUUGUUGUCUAGAUUUUUCUUAUUGCUGAUCAAAACAAAACAAAACAAAACAAAACAAAACAAAACGACUUGCCUCUUUGGGAAAACUGUUGGCAGGCCAUUACUGGUAGUGCUUUGCACAGAUGCUGGCCUUCAGCAGCUUAGGCCAGAACCUCCUGUUCUGAUAGAAGUUACUUUCUUAGUCUACAAUGGUAGACUCCCUGUAAGAGAAAAGGUUUGUUUGAUGUCAGCAGAAUUUGAACUCCUACAUUAAAGCUUUGCCUCCUGUUCUCUGGUUGUGGUGUAUUAAGAAGGAGGUAUUCAAGAUAUCGGUACCAAGAAAAAUUACUAAGAUAAUUAUGUAUAGAUAAAGUGGAAAGCACUUGUCCUGCCUUGCAGGAUCCAUUUACCAUUCAUUGGUGAAGGAUGAAUUCCUUGAUCUUACCAGGUGUACAUUCAACUCACAUCAUUCAGUGUAUUUUAAUACUUCUCAUGCUGUCUUAAAAUGAACAUUCUUUAAGGUUGGAUGGAAAAGUGGCCCUCCUUAUUUCCUAACACUUUUAACUUCUGCAUAUUAUAACUCAUCUGGACCUUUUGAUAAGAUGACCACCUUCACACUUAGGGGAAAAAUAGAAAUAUUGGGACCAUUUAUAUGUCAAGGCAAUUAUAAGGGAUAUGGAAGAAAUCUAAUCUUUAUGUAUCUUACACUGUCAUUUGGGAGAGGGAAAAAAUCUGCUCAGUGACAGUUUUGUUUUCUUUUUUUUUUUUUUUUUUUUUUACAUGUCUUCCUGUUUGCAGUCUUGUUAACUAUGAAUUCAAUGGGGAGAAAGUAUUUCCCUUCUUUUUACUGUACAUUCCAAUUGUACACAUAAAACAUCGCAGAAAUCAGAAUGUAUUUUAACAACUUUUUGUGACAUACUAACGCAUUUUUAGAGUACUUAUUGUGUGAUAGAAUUUACCACUCCAGAAUAGAAAGACCUAACUUCAAUUUCAAAUGAAGUUAGCUAAUCUAUUUUAUUUACAUUUCUGGGUAAAAACUCAUUCUGUAAAUUAAAAGUAUAGGCUUCAUCACAGUAAAGAUACCUUCCUGGAAAGGAAACAAUUCUGUUGAAAUAACUUUACUAAUAUGUAGAUUUUGCACUUUAUUUUUGAGACCUCAUCCAUUCAGUUAUCCCUGAAAAUUUGGGCACUAAGAGAAUAUGAGAAAGUUACUUGAUAAAUGUGUAGGAAUUAGGGAUGGACUCUAUCUUUGGUAACAAAGAGGUAAUGUCGAUGUUUUCAAUAGAAAAUAUUGACCCUGAGUCACAAAACAGAGACUCUGGGUCCCAAAGUCCCACAGUGUAAUGAUUGUAAAUAUCUUAGUGUCCGAUCCAGAAAGACUAGGUGAGGAAUAUUAGACUUUGCCAAAGGUCCAGUUUAAUUUUUACACCUUAAAUUUGGCCCUGUUGGGUCCUUUUUAAUUUGAACCAGCAAGGUACCUCCCCUUCCCUCAGGAAUAACUUAUUGAUUAAAAUAGAAAUCUGUCACUGAACGGAAUGUUCAUUUUAUGCCAGUUAUUUCAAGUUGUAAAAUACACAGAAGAAAAUACUUUGGAAGGACCUCUCUGUUUCUUUGCCAUCUAAUUUUUUUUUUUAAUUUUAAUUUUUAUUUUUUUUUACUUUUUUUUGUCCUUAUGUGGAGCAAGUAAAGGAUCUGAAACUAUUUUGUAUCAACCAGAGAUGCAGGUGGCGGUAAAGCCAAACAACACUUCUUUAAGAUCAGGUAUUCUGCACGUUCAUUCCAAGUUGAUAGAUUUUCAAAAGGACUUGGAUUUGAAAAGAUGGUAGAUUAAAGCCAUCUGAAGACCAAUAUAUGGGGGAAAAAUGUGUGUAGCCAAUGUUUAUAUUGUGGCCUCUCUUCAGACGCAUUGGCACUCUAAACUUCAAUCAGUGCAGUGUGAAAAUUUCAGAGUAGGUUACGUAUAGAUUUUACAUUUUUAUCGUUUGAUUUGUGCCCACAUAAAUAGACAUUUCAUCAUGUAAAAUUCCUAUUAUUCUGGAAAAACCUAUUGUUUUGAUCUUGAAUUGUUUUCUGAUUUGGAAUUAUCCUUUCAAAAAACUCUCAAGAUAUCUAGGGCUAAAAAGCACUUCAUGAGAUGCUAAAGCUGACCCACAGGUUGAAAAUGUUGACCCUAUCCUGUUAUUUAAAUGUGAACAUUUAUUGUACAUUCAGUGAGUUAUAGUGUUAAUAGUCUUGUGCUACUCAGCAGGUGUAAAAAUUAAUAAAUAUUUUUUUUUAAUAAACA